AGAAGCUCUUGCAAGAUGGAUAGAAGCAACAAUGAGCUAGAUAAAGAGCUACUUCACUCUCAAGCUCACAUAUGGAACCACAUAUUCAAUUUCAUAAACUCUAUGUCCAUCAAAUGUGCCGUUCAACUUGGCAUACCAGACAUUGUUAAGAAACAUGGGCGGCCGAUGACUCUCUCUCAGAUUGUUGCCGCUCUUCCUAUCAACCCUUCCAAAGGCCGGAAUCAAAAAGUUUCUGAAAAUGAUGAGGAAGAAGGGUACUUGCUCACGCCGACUUCUCGACUACUCCUCAAGGAUGAGCCACUCAAUGUCACCCCAUUCUUACUAGCCAUGUUGGACCCAGUGUUGACAAUGCCGUGGCACCAUGUGAGUGAAUGGUUCCAAAACGAUGAUGCAACGCCAUUUGAUACGACUCAUGGGAGGACAUUUUGGGACUAUGCAAGCCACGAGCCAAGGCUUAACAAAUUCUUCAAUGAAGCAAUGGCUAGUGAUGCCCGUUGGUCACUAGUGUGGUUAUUAGGGACUGUAAAGGAUUUGAACUCGUUGGUUGAUGUCGGGGGAGGCAUUGGCGUGGUGGCAAAGUCUAUUGCUAAUGCUUAUCCACACUUGAAGUGCACUGUGUUGGAUCUUCCUCAUGUGGUUGCUGGAUUGGAAGGUAGCAAGAAUUUGAACUAUGCUGGAGGUGACAUGUUUGAGGCCAUUCCUCCGCUGAUGCUAUUUUGUUGA